UAUCCUCAACAAGGAGGUUCUUAGCUUCCCAUCAAGUCAAAAUAUUUCACCAAUAACAGUACUACGUACUUUCAUCAAGAAGUCUUGAGUAGUCAGCUCAACUUUGCUGCACAAACAAUUUGACAAUUGAGACCCCCUCCAACCAAAAUCAACGUAAUAUGGCACCUCAUGGAGAGGCAAUAGUAAGCUCCUACGCCCCAGCCAACAACUUCAACAAACCCCGGAGGCUGUCAAACGAUAACCUUAAAAGAACAACAUCUGAUAUCUCUUUUGAGCUGAGUAAAGAGCCAGUAGACGUAAAUCUACAGGCAAUAUGCGAGGUUGAAGAUGCGAAGUGCGAGUGCUGUGGCAUGACUGAAGAGUACACGCUCGAGUACAUCAACGAAGUUCGCGACAAGUUUUGUGGGAAGUGGAUUUGCGGGUUGUGUACCGAAGCAGUCAAGGAAGAAAUGGAGAAGAACGGAGGGAAUAGAGAAGCAGCAUUGGAGGCUCACAUGAAUGCAUGUUUUAGGUUCAACAAGUUUGGUAGGGCCUAUCCAGUUCUUUCCCAAGCUCGGGCCAUGAGAGAGAUGUUCAAGAAGAGCGUCAGUUUGGAUGGAAGAGGAUUUAGAGCGAAUAAAAGUGUCCAAAAGAAAGGUCAAAUUGCUCGGAGCUCGAGCUGCAUUCCUGCCAUAACCAGGGAGAUCAAUGACUUUAAACUAGGGAAUUAACUCUAUGUAUAUGUACUAUUUGGAUCGAUCUUUAAUACUGUUUUUUUUUUUUUUUCUUAAACAGUUUUUGGUUGAUCCGAUGCUUUCUGUUAACUGCUUUUUCUGUAGGGAUUUUUUUCCCUUCGGUUAAUUUGUCAACUAAGUUAUAUUGCGCCA